UAGCUCCACUGAGGUUUUAGAAAAGGGAGGCUGACUCCUUUUUUGCCUUUUUAGUUUUUGGAGAUAUCGCCGUCCAUUCAUCAGGAUCAAAAAUGAACUAACCUAACUUUCUCAGCCAUGGAUUUUGUUAUGAGAUUUUAAGAAGACUUUUAUAAGAAAGGAAAAGGAAUUCGGUGAAUUCAUCACUCUUUGAUUUCAGGCUCUUCCUGGAGUAAAAGGGAGAAUGGGGGCUGGAGCAAUAACCAUCUGUCACAACGAGGCAGCCGUUCAGGUCAAGGAGGACAUGAAAAAGAUGGUGCAGUUUCCCAUGCACAAACCCUUUCCGGCCACAACCACAAGGGGAAAGAAGAUCUUUGGGGUGUCCCUGCUGGAGUUGAAGGACCUGGGGCUUGUCAAGGAUGGGGUUCCCGUGGUGGUCCGGAGCAUGGUGGAGUACCUCGAAAAGCAUGGUCUUCAUCAGGAGGGUCUGUUCAGAGUAAACGGCAGUGUUCGGACAGUAGAUAACCUUCGGCGGAGGUUUGAUGGAGGAGAGGAUGUGGACCUGUGUGAGGAAGCAGAUGCUUUUGCUGUAGCCAGUUUAAUGAAGCAGUUCCUGAGGGAUCUACCUGAAGGCCUCAUCCAUCCCUCCAUUCACAGUCCUCUCAUUCAGCUGUACCAAGAAUCCAGUGAGGAUGACUUCUGUAAGGGUCUUCAUGAACUCCUGCAACAGCUGCCAAAGAUUCAUUACUGUCUCCUGCAUUACUUAUGUCACUUCCUGUCUCAUGUGGAGCAGGAACACGCUCAUAACCGCAUGACAGCAACCAACCUGGCCACAGUGUUUGGACCCAACGUAUUCCAUGUGUCGUCUGGCUUUGGUGGUAUACAGGAGCAGAAAAUCUGCAAUAAUAUUAUGGCCAAGCUGAUCCAGAACUACAGUGCCCUCUUUGAGUCUGUGGCUGAAAGAAGACAAAGUAAAGAGGAACCUUCAAACAUCAUCAUGGUCAAAGAGGCCAACACAAACACAGCAAACACAGCGAUGUCACCUUACCCCCCUGUUCCAAAGGCACACAUUCCAGAUCUCAAGAAGAUAAAGGUAGGGGUCGCUCAAUGCACUCCUGUUGAAAAUACAGACUCUCCGAGAGAACGAGAGUCAAGUCCAGAUAAACCUAAAACCAAGGCAAGAAAAAAGAAGGUCACUCAUUGUACUCCAGUUAAAGAUACAGACCCUCUAAGAGAAAGUGAGUCAAGUCCAGAUAACCCUUCAACCACGCCAAGAAAAAAGAAGGUGAAGAAGGUAAAGACGGAGGUGGCGUCAAGAUCUGUUCCUCAACCAACUCCGUCUGGGGUUCCUCAAUCCAGGCCGUUGCCCCAUCUUUCAGACAGAAGCUCCGGUUCCAGAGCACAAUUUUCUCUAUAUCCUCCAGACAGAAGCUCCAGCCCCAGUUCUGACUGCAUGAACCUGACCCCUCACAUCUUAACCCCAACCAUGUCUACAGACACCUUCAACAGCUCCCUAGAAGAUGAAAGACCAAUAUCUCCUUUCUAUAUUAGCUCACAGAUCUCUUCUGGACACUGCAGACCUGACUUAACACAUAUUCUAGAGAAGACCAUCCGCUCAGCAGUUGAGCAGCACCUCUUCAACAGGAACAUGCACACAGGCCAGAGUUCAGAGGGCUUGGACCCGACAGCCCAUCCUUUAUCUCCUGUGACAACGGCACGAGAGAGGAGGAGACAUCAGCGAGAACAGGAGGGGAAAGAAAACUACAGGGUCAAGGGUGAUAAAGAGAACAUCCAGUCUCCGGGUGUGAGGGUCACAGAGGAGGGUGAGAGCCGUCUACUGCUGGCACUAGAGGGUCAGAGGAACAGGAAGCCCAAACACAACCCCACACUGACUGAGCUCUCUGACAACCAGGACGCCUCCACUCCAAUGGAAUGCCAAGGGUCAUCUGAGGAAUAUGGUAGAAGUUCAAGAGAAAACGCAGUGUCCUCCAGUAGCAGGGAGAACCAUGAAAAGGAAACGGAAUAUAGAUCCCUCCAGACGCCUGCCAUGAAGAUCCAAGAGGUUCUCAAUGGGGCAGAGACGUGCGACGAUGUCCCACGCUUGGACUUGUCUACUCUGACUGAGGACAAUAACUGGGCAGAUUCUUGUGUCUUUAGCGCCCCUUUCCUUGACUUUAAAAGCCUUUUCCAUCAGAGUUACAAUGAGGAACCAGUGCCGGCCUACUCGUCGUGGCAAAGGGAGAGUAUGGACCGUGAAGAAGCUCGGCUAUCACCCCACGCUGGUGGCAAGCCAAUUCGUCAACUCCUAGAGGAAGACAGUGACCCAAUGGUCUCUCCACGCUUCUACGCCUAUGGAGACAGCCAGCAGUACCUGGACGACACGGAGGUUCCACCGUCGCCACCCAAUGCCCACUCCUUUGUCAGUAGGCGAAGGAGUUCGUCGCUAGGUUCCUGCGAUGACGACCGUGAGGAGCUCACCUCAGCCCAGCUUUCAAAACGCAUCCAUGUCCUCAAGAAGAAGAUCCGCAGGUUUGAGGAGAAGUUUGAGGAGGAACGCAAAUACAGGCCGUCACAUGGCGACAAAGCCGCCAACCCAGAGGUUCUGAGGUGGAUGAAUGAACUCACCAAGAUGCGCAAAGACUUUAAAGAUCACAAGUUGUUAAAAUCAGAGGAGGAUUUGACGCCCAUCCCCCGCCAGCGCAGUAACACGCUUCCCAAGAGCUUUGGGUCUCAGCUGGAGAAGAAACCAAUCGAGACAAAAGCCCCCAAACCCCCUGUGGAAAGCACGAUGGAAGCAGUUAUGAACAAACUACAGGAGAAACGCAAAGAGGUUGGGCGACCUGAGGACAUUAAGGAUAUGACCCGUGAGCAGAUCGGAGCAGAGAAGGUGGCUCUUCAGAAAGGUCUUCUGUAUUACGAGAGCAUCCACGGGAGACCAGUCACCAAGAAUGAGAGGCAGGUUAUGAAGCCUCUCUAUGACAGAUACCGGCUCGUCAAACAGAUCCUCUGCAGAGCGUCUGCCAUUCCAGUCAUUGGUUCGCCUUCCAGCAAGCGCAGAGGCCCCCUGCUGCAGCCCAUAAUCGAGGGUGUACCGGCCCUGUUCUUCAGCGACACCAAGGAGGAAGAGGAUGGCUCAGACGAAGACAAUGACACAACGACACAGUUCACAGUCACGGUUAAGCCUGAGUUGAGUAUGCUGGGAUUUCUUGACCAGCUGGAAGAGGACGCAGACGGUUUCAUCUCACCCGUCGAUGAGCUAUCGCCAUCCAAGAACACAACGGACAUGAGACUGUCUAAUUUACAUGCUGCUACAAUGCAGGAACUUGUGGAGCAACUCCAGGAAGCCCGUGAAGAAAAGAAAAGGAUCCGCAAAAACCUCCGUGAAUUUGAGGAUGAGUUCUUCAAGCAGAACGGCAGAAACAUCCAAAAAGAAGAUCGCACACCGUUGGCUGGAGAAUACAAUGAAUACAAGCACAUUAAAGCCAAACUCAGGCUGCUGGAAGUGCUCAUCAGUAAAAGAGAUUCUUCUAAAUUCAUCUAGUGUACAGCUCAUUCAGGUGACCUGAUGAAGAAUUUACUCUACUAGCCAGACCAGAUACUGCUAUCAAAGCAAUACAGCUUGUACAAAGACAUUUAUUUUAUCCACAUUUUUCAUUGCCAUAUUUUCCCAUUAAAGGCAUGCUUAACUGUGAAGGAUGCCAAGACAUGCCUGAUUCACCACUAAAGGAUUGAAAGUGCUGUUUGUUCCACAGUACACAGAUUCAAUACUUGUUAUAUAUAGAUAUAUAUAUGUAUAUAUCCAAUAGGACUUAUGGUUUCUUCUUUGACUGAAGAUUUCUAGAUACCAUGGAUUUCAAAAUGCAACCAGAUUAUGAAGUAAUCAGAUUACCGACAAAUCUCUAAUCGCAAUUCCCUUUUAAACCCAGAAGAGUGUUUCCGUUAUAUUUAAUGUUGUAUAAUACGACAGUUCAUAUGGAUCUUUAGAUCUUAAUAUUGCUAUAAUAUAUAUACAACUGUGUUUUUCCUAAUCAGGCAUUAAUAAGCUUUGAAGAACAUUGAGAAUUUACGUCUUAAAUUGUAAAUACUUUGAGAGUUUAUCAUUAUAGGAACUUUUGUAUUCGAUGAAUUGAAGAAGGUAACAGAUUUUUGGAAGGAAGGCUCUCUGUAUAUUUUUUCGUUAUUGACUGGUGCCAUAUUUCAUGCAAAUGGUUUAUUUUUCAAUAUUCAUGUUUCUGAGAAAUUGCUUUGUUUAUACUCGUUCAUAGUUAAACUAUUUCUUUUGUUCUAACACUGAAGCUGUAACCUUAAGACCAUUGAAUAAGCUAGAAUUAACAUACUAAAGAGCCGGUAAUUUUCUUUACGCAAAAAAAAAAAAAAAAAAAAAAAAAAAAAAGACAACCAAUAAAAAAAAUUUGCCAUGCUAUAAUGGUGUGGCAAUGCACAACCAAGGUACUAUAAACCUGCUGUCAUUAUUUUUGUAGUGUGUAUUUUUUCAUCUCCAGUGUCUAAAUGGUCAUCACAUUAUAGUCACUAUUUAACAGUGAUAUGGGUCGACAAAAUCUCCUUACAAAUGUCACCAAGCAUCAGAAAGCAAACCUGUGGGGCCAAACGGGCUGUUUGCUCCUGGUGAACUCAGAUCCAAACGAAAUGAGCAUGUCACCCCUUUUCUUAUUCUCCAGAUUGGAAACUUAUAGUGUGACUUUUGUUUGAUGGAUAAAAAUGAAUACUGUCUGUACAUUUUAGUACAUGAUUGUAUUUGUAUUUUGUAUAUAUGAUAUAAAACCAAAGCAUAUUUUUUCUGAAUUCACUGGUGUCGAGUAUUCAUUUCAGUUUCAUUAAUUUAUAUAAAAUAGCGUGAAUUUUGAUGAUUUAAUCUGAAUCCAAUAGGGGAUUUGUGUUUGUAUGUGUGUGUGUAUGUGAACUAUAAAAAGUACAACAAUCUGAAGUGAAAUUAUAAUUUUAUUGUUUUGGAAAAAAUAGAUAAAACAAUAUAUUUCAUUUGAAAGCUAUAAAAGUAAAUAUACUUUACUAAAAUAACAAUGCAUCAGCCACUAAGAAGCCCUUGUUUGCAUACAUUGACAGAAAGGAUUAAGUUGGAUAGGAACACUUCUUUACGUGACUGUACAUGAUGGAAAAACAUAUACAUCUCAUGCAGCUAGAUGCAAAACACCUGACCACAGGGCUCAGCAAACAACAUCACUGUGGUCCAUUAGAAGUCGCAUAUCAUUCUCUGUCAACACACCAAGGACUAUUGAGGAACCGUAAGCAAGUCACUCUGAUCCAUUUGUAAUGGCAAACCAACUCUAAAACUCUGUUCAUUAAGAAAGCAUGAUUACAAAACAAAAUCCCCUUUACAGUAUAUAAGAUGACCUUUCUGCGAGAUAACAGGAGGGACUUGAUCGAAAACUGCAAUGGAUUGAAUGGAAAAAUUAUGCAACUGUUAAAAAUAUUCACAUUUGUCAGAUUAAAACUUAUUUAAAAUACCAUAACUAGUACACAUCAACCAGUAGUUAUUGCUGGAUCACGUUUUUCAACAAAAUCUCAACCAAAGCCACUCAUGUAUUUAUUUUUUUUUUACAUUGAUUAAAUAAUGCAACAUUUUACAAAAAGCAGCUUCAGCGUCCACCCCCAGCAUGGCACGUCCACGCAUGCCUAUCAUUAAGAAGAGACAUGUUAUGUUUCUAAUGACAUGAAAAUGUACAUCAAUGGAAAAAAAUACAUUUCAAUGAAUUUAGAAAGUGCGGAACUACAUAAUCUGUGUAAUUUGAGCACAGACGGAAAGAGUAAAGCUCGGAACAGUGGGAUUUGUUCUUACAUUAAAACCCUUUAGUGUGUUGGGUCUGAAACCGUCCGUCUGGUGCGUUUUAUUGGUGGUUUAAUUUUCUUGAUCCUGGACGAGCUCCCAAUUUGGAGGAGAGGCUUGUAACAGAGAUCUCUUUCUGGAUAGACAUGAAAGGAAUAUUCCGGGUUCAAUACAAGGUACAAUCAACAGCAUUUGUGGCAUAAUGUUGAUUACCACAAAAAUUAGUUUUGACGUCCUUCCUUUUCUUUAAAAAAAAAAAAAAGCAAAAA